AUGGCAGAGUUCGCGCUUGGGUUGACCAAGUCGGCGGUGGAGGGGACGAUAAGCAGGGUGAAGUCGGCGAUUGACGAGGAGGGUAAGCAAAGGGUGCGUGUUCAGGACGACCUGGUGUUCAUCACCGGGGAGUUUGAAAUGAUGCAGUCCUUUCUUGGCGUCGCCAAUGCCGAGCGCGCCAAUAACCCGGUGGUGCGGACAUGGGUGAAGCAGCUCCGUGACCUGGCCUUCGAUGUCGAGGACUGUGUUGAGUUCGUCAUCCACCUUGACAAACCGGCACGCUGGGACUGGGUCCGGCGCUUCACCUCGUCCGUCAUCUGCAUCGCAAGGCCGCCGCUGCCCCUGGAUGUGGCGGUUGCAGACAUCAAGCGGCUCAAGACCAGGGUGGAGGAUGUAAGCCAGAGGAACACACGCUACAACCUCAUCGGUGACUCCGGCUCAAGCUCCAACUCUGCCGUUACUGUUGUCUCCACUCCGGCAGUAGAGCUUAAGCCGGCCGGCGCAGCAUCAGCAUUCCACACCCUAUGCGAGGUGUGGGAGGAAGCGGGGAGGAAGCGACGCGGCACGGAUGAUCUCAAGAAGUUGAUCUUGAGAGGAGGGGGUGACCUUGAAGUCAUCUCCCUAUGGGGAGGUCAAGAGGCUGCACAUCUUGAGGUUAUUAAGGAGGCCUACAAUGAUCCACAGAUCUGCCAAGAAUUCUGUAUCCGUGCACGGGUAAAGCUGCUGCAUCCAUUCAACCUUGACGAGUUCCUCAAGAGCUUGCUCACUCAGUUCAACUCGGCGGCCUCCUUUCACCGACAAAGGAGCUCUGGGCAUUCUCACAUCCAGAUCCAGGCAACGGAUGGCGUAUGUGAGAAUGACCAGCUCAUGCGCCAUGUGACAGAGCAUAGGUAUCUCGUCAUCCUGGAAGAUGUAUGCACUGCGGCAGAGUGGGAUGACAUCAGAAAGUAUCUGCCGGGCAGUAAGAAUGGCAGCCGGAUAGUCGUGUCAGCGAAGCAAUUGGGGCUUGCGGUUUCCUGCGUGCGGAAGUCGUACCAACUAGCGGAGCUCCAAAAGUUCUCUCAUGGUCAAUCUCUUUGUGCAUUCAUCAACAAGCUUUUUUGUUGUUGA